CAAUGUAUUGGCAAGUGUAUGUGUUUGUAUAACUCUGUCUCUACGCGUACAUGCGACGAGAUGUGUCUGUGUAUGUGAGCACGUGCGUAAAUGCGAGUGUGCGUGUAGCGAAGAGUGUUUGUGGUGUUGUGUGAAUGCGUGUCUCUGUAUGUUACUUCAUGGCUCUAUAUAAAUUAAUGUAUAUGUGCGCGCCCCUGUAAGAGUGCAUUUAUGUAAGCGUCUCUGUCUCUGUCUGAAUGUAUGUGUUCCUGUGUAUAUAUGUGUUGCAUAUGUUCGUAUAUGCGUCUGUAUAUGUAUGCCUCUGUGUAUGUGAGUACCUGUCUGUGUGUGUCUGUAUUUGAGUGCGUGUCUCAGUGUAUGUUUGUCUGUUUCUCUUUGUAUGUGCAGUUCUCUGUUUGUUAGUGCAUUUUUGCAUGAGUCUGAAUAUAAAUGUGCGACUCUGUACACUAAUGUGUAUCUGUGUUUCUGCAUAUGUGAGUGAAUGUGUCCUUGUGUCUGUAUAUGUGAGUCUGUGUCUGUAUAUGUUUGUGUAUGUAUGCUCGUGUCUGUAUAUGUAUAUGUGUGUGUCUAUGUGUGUCUGUAUGUGUGUGUGUGUGUGUAUGCGCGUCUGUAUACGUCUGCGUGUAUCUAUUUAUUUAUGUGUUUGCGAAUGGUGACUCUCAACACUGGCAGAUCACGGGACCUCCUCAUUUGGGGUCCAAUCUGCGCUGGCGAAUCACAAUGUGUUGUAAUCUAUUGGCUUUGUCUGACAAGUCAUCCAUCUUUCUAAAGGGGACUGGAGUGGCUGGAAUCUGCGCAGGGUUUUAGAGAGAGCCACGCAGAACCCGGGCUCCAGUCUGUACUUCAAAACCUGCAACCAGCACCAGAAACUAACCAGAGACACGCUCUCUGGCUCCAUUGGGCACUACCGCCCUGCAGAACGGCCUGUUACCCUUGCGCAACUCAGGCACCAUCAGUCGCAUCUGAGGAGACAGGGCGAAAGCAAAGGAUUUGAGUGAAGGUGUACAGAAAUUUUCAGAGGGACAGUGAAAUUGCCAAAACGACGCAUUGCGCGUUCAUUUCCCGUCACUGCGUGAGCGCUUCUCUCUCUCUCUCUCUCCCCCUCUCUCUCUCCCUCUCGGUCUCUAAACAGUCUAUAAAUCCGAGACUUGGUUUCCGACUGAUUUACUCCAAAAACAUUGCAGAAAACUGGACGGACAUGUGUCUCACCUGUGCGACUGCCGACCUAUCUCUCCCUAUCUCUCCGUGUACCGGGAACAGCGAGUGAGGACGCCGGCCGCCAGUUACAACUUUCUUUCCCGGAGUAGUUUUAGUAUUUUCGCUCGACGCCACAGCUGAGAAGGGGCGGAAAAAAAAGAGAGAAAAGUUGUUUUUGUUUUGUUUUGUUUACAGUCAAUGUUAUUUUUUUCUGCAUUAACGUAAGCGUUUAAUUAAAAGACGAGACGGCGGAUUCAGUCCCCUUCAUUUCUGUAGCGUUGGCACUCAUGGAUAUACAUUGUAAAGCAGAUCCAUUCUCAGCUAUGCACAGUUGCAGUUCUACCUGGGAUGAGUUCAGUUGUGUGUGUUUUGCAGGGCAUGGGGGUGUGAAUCAGCUGGGAGGAGUAUUUGUGAACGGCAGGCCCCUUCCCGACGUGGUGAGACAACGCAUCGUAGAACUUGCACACCAGGGAGUCAGACCCUGUGACAUCUCUCGACAACUGCGGGUCAGCCACGGCUGUGUCAGCAAGAUACUGGGCAGAUAUUAUGAGACGGGCAGCAUCAAGCCCGGAGUCAUCGGCGGCUCAAAACCCAAAGUUGCGACCCCGAAAGUCGUUGAUAAGAUAGCGGAGUACAAGCGCCAGAAUCCAACCAUGUUCGCUUGGGAGAUUCGCGACCGACUACUGGCCGAGGGGAUCUGUGACAAUGACAGCGUGCCCAGUGUGAGCUCUAUCAACAGGAUCAUUCGGACCAAAGUGCAGCAGCCUUUUCAUCCCUCACCGGAUGGGCCCGCCACAGCAGUCGCUGCACCAGGCCACACAAUAGAUAUUUCCUCUCACUGGGCUGCAGAUCUUUUGGGAACCAGCUGCCCUCCAAUACCUUGCUCGAGAGGCCUUUAUUCACGUCUGAACCUUGACAUCCCAAGCACAAACUCUCCGCCUGUGUCCUCAGCAUCCAAUGAUCCCGUGGGAUCGUACUCCAUCAACGGCAUUCUGGGCAUUCCACGAUCGAAUGGCGAGGCCAAGAGGAAACGAGAUGAAGUUUGUGUCCUCUUCCUUUUAGAUACCCAGGAUGCCUCCGGGCCGAACGGUGAUUCUCAGGGAACUGCGGAGAGUGUACGGAAGCAGCUGCGGAGUGAAGCAUUUGCCCAGCAGCAGUUGGAGGCCCUGGAACGCGUCUUUGAGCGGCAACACUAUUCAGACGUUUUCAACGCUGGCGAGCAUAUCAAAUCAGAGCAGGCUAAUGAGUAUUCCCUCUCUGCCCUGGCCUCUGGAUUGGAAGAUGUCAAAAGCAGCCUCUCAGCCGCGGCCACUCCUGACCUUGGGACCAACGUUUCAGGACCCCAGAGCUACCCUGUUGUGACAGGCCGUGAUAUGGCAAGUACAACUUUACCUGGCUACCCUCCACAUGUUCCACCGACUGGGCAGGGCAGCUACUCCACCUCCACACUGGCUGGCAUGGUACCAGGUAGUGAAUUUUCGGGAAACCCUUACACCCAUCCACAGUACACAACCUACAAUGAAGCCUGGCGUUUCACUAACCCGGGAUUACUAAUGCCGCAUCCAGGGGUGCUGCACCCCCCACUGCUGCCACUGCCUAUGACCGCCACUAGUUACUAUGGCAACCACAUGAAACUGCAAGAUGAAUCUCUUGGGCUCCACAUUGUACCAGUCUGAUCAAUUUCAACAGUUGGGAUGAAGAACUGGAAAACUUAGAAAACAAAAUUGUUAAUCUGUGAGAGUGGAGGAAGGACAGAUAAUUGAACAUCCAUUCUGAGCAACGUGGAACACCCUGAGUUUGGCUGUUUCUCCUUCAAACUGUGGUGCCAUUGGUAUUUUUAAACUUUUGGCUUUAUUUCCCAUUUCAGCCCCAAUUGACUGGACUGGAAAAAAAAAGAUAAAGAAAAGGAAACAAAAUAGCUCAUAUAUAGAUAUAUAUAUAUGCAUAUAUCGUAAUGAAUGGAUUGAUUUAAGAAAAACAUUAACAAAAAAAAGCUGCUUCAGUGCUUCAAAACAUUAACUUGGCAUUUGGACGAGCUCGUGCUCCCAUGUUUAAUUUGGUGAUUGCAAUGAUUCCAAAUAUAUCCAUAGGCCUAAUGAAACAACAAUGAAAGAACAUCUGUUGUUUACAUGAAGACCAUGUCUGGGAAGGCAACAGCAACAUGACAACUGGUGGGUUAAUCAAACGGACUCAUUCCUCGCUGCAUCAUGUUUACAAGACAGCCUAUCUCAAAACUCUGGCUGAAUGUUGACUCCUGGUGUAAUGGAUGGAGGGAAUGCACCAUACACUCUGUAGCCUUGCUGCCCACCCCUGUGUGGCAUCCUUGGCCCUUCCUCCCCUCACACCUGCUAUCCCCGCCCCCCCACUUCCUGCUUAGGGUCGGGGGAGGCUCUUGCUGGUACUUAUGCCAUCUCUUAGUUGCCCCCUUGGCUGCACCACUGUCCCUCACAUCCCCCCUCCCAGACUGGACCCACCGAGCUCUGUUGAGCUCUCUGCUCCUGGCGAUUCUCCAGAUACUUUGGUUCCUACGACAUACAGUCUUUUCAGGAAAUGACCAAAAGCAGUAAGCGCUACCUGUGAGAAGUACCCGAGAGCCACACUUAACCAUUCAAACCCUAACACACUUAACGUGCAACGAUUCUCAGUAAAUUCGAUUGUGUUUCACUUCCGGAGUUGAUGAUGGAAGGGAUAGAAUGAAGACCGAAAAGCAGUUUACUUUCUUCAACAGAUUGACCUUGGAUGAAUGAAAGGAAAGGCCACAUAAUAGCUGAUGUUUCCAUGUACUUUUUUUGCACUAGCUCUCUGAUUGUACCAAUUAUGGCUGCAAUGGGUUUGGAGUUGGUAAGGGGCACCGAUUUCUGCAGUAGAACGACAUCGUUAAAAAUGCUUUCCUUUCUAAGAAAGAAAAGAGUCAAAUGGGCACUUAAUUGGCUUGUAUUUUGAGUUUACAGUUACUGCACUCCAGUGGUGAAAGGUAUUAAUGAAGCCUGUAGAUAGACAUUACAAAAUAGCUAUAUGCUUUGGCAGUCACAGUAAACCCUGCCUUCUGACUACCUGCCAGAAACCAGAGCUUCCAUACACAACAGAAUUAAGAGCAAGGUUAUCUUAGAAUGAUUCUGAUGGUGGGGUAAAGGGGUGGAACAUUCACUGAGUUGUCCAGAUUAUUGCUUGUGCUUAUUGUGGUGGUACAGAUUGACAAUGUGUUCUCCACUACACAUACUUUAAUCUGUACACUGACAUAAGAAGCCAGUGUUCUGGAGGUUGCUUUUCUCUGCGUCAUCACCACUUCUUAUCUGCAUGCGAGUGCAAAAAAAGAACAGGCAUUUCACAUACACACAUAUAGAUACACAGACACACAAAUACACUCAUACAGAUAGACAUGCAUGCACACACAUAUAGGCAGGCAGGCAGGCAUAUAAACAGGAACAUUCUGACAGACACACAGGUACGCACGAACAGACAGGCAUACAAACACACAUAUAAGGAGAGACAUACAAGUACACACACGCGCGCACACACAGAACAAGCACACGUACAUACAGACAAGCAAAUGCAAAUACUGGUGGAUCUCUCUUUCCCCCGUUCCGCACCCUCAACAGAACUCCAAAUACAAUCCUUACAGAGUCACAGACAGCACAAUAUUCACUGCCACAGCUCCCCAGUGCUUUUGUUUGUCUCUUUCCUGACCUGUUCACAAAAGCAGGUACAACCCACUUGGGUACAACUUUAUAAAAUUAAUUGGGGGCUGGGGGUUAGGGGGAGGAGAGAGAGGUUUGGGGGACUGGUGCGUGCGAUGGAGAGUCAGAGGCAGGGGUAGGGAGGAAGUUGUCAAGAAAGAGACACACAAACGUGGCAUGGUAAGGGACAACCUACAUGGUACUGCACUCUGAAACAACUGAUUAAAAAAGUGAAUGUAAUUUUUAUUGCAACAUUUGCCAAAGACUCGGUUAUUAUUAGGUUUUUAUUUACAGGAUGUGUAUGCAUUGAUUGUAAAUCAGUAUUAUACUACUACAUAAGAGAUUUGGAAUUUAUAUGAUAAUAUGCAGCUGAAUCUUCAAUGUGCAUAUUAUAUGACAAUAGAACUGUGUAGAAAGAACUGUGGAAAAUAAUAAUCCCAGCAAUUACGUAAUGUAUUGUUACUUGCAAAGGAAGGAUUGCUGCUUUGUAGGAUGAUAUUUGCUUAUAAUGUGAAGAAAUUCCUCUUGUAUAUAUACGUCACAGCUGCAUCUAUUAGAGAAUACACUGAUACAGCAGUGUCUUGUAGAUUUACUGACAAAAGACAAAAAAAAAUCAGCACCUGUUCUGUUAAAAGUGUUUUGUGUUUCCUACAAUGUUCGAAUAAAGCACAGCAUGGCCCUUUAUUCUGGUGGGCACACAGUGCUGAGGAAA